AUGCAGCACCCAUCCCAACAACCCGUCGUCAUUGGCGACCCAGAUCUAGGAGUCAAGAUCAUGGAGCUUGAGAACGAAGACGGCUUUCUACUCCAGCAGUGUUCACGGAGCCCCACCAUGCGGCACAGAAUGCGCGCUCUCAUGCGACAAAUGCGAUACGGUCCGUUCGGAAGACUGCGUAACAUACUGUUCUUCCUUGGGGCUCUGCUUCUCUUCGGCUGGAUCAUGCUCCCGUACGACAAUGUUGUCCGUCUAGGCAUCCGAUUCAACAUUAACAAGUUUCAACAUUACCUCAACUCACACCCUGUCGAGAAUUGGCUGUUUGCGCCACCAGCAUACCCAGUUGAUCUGGGCACAGACACGGUCGUCAUCGUCAAGACCGGAUACGGCACGCGCCAAAGAGCAAACGCCUGGUUCGAAGCUCUCAGCGCCUCCAACAAGUUCCGUGACUUCCUCGCCAUCGCCGACUAUACCUCCAAGCCGGGUCAAGAGGCCAUUAACCACGGCACAUCUCUGCCAAUUCACAAUGUCGUCAACCAGACCUUGAGCUCCUUGGGACCGGCCGCCAAGUUGUCCAACCCACGAGUCGCAAAGUACCUUCAGUUUGCUGAGGCUAUAGAGAAUGGGAAAGAAGAAGCAGACACACUCGCCAAGUCUACAGGAUGGGAGAUUGAUGCUCUGAAAUUCAUUUCCGGCCUCGAACUCGCCUACUCCAAGUUUCCCAACAAGAAGUGGUACCUGCUCGUCGACGACGACACCUACAUCGUCCAAUCCUCCCUAAAACCUCUUCUCGCCCACCUCGACUCCGAACUACCCUACUACAUCGGCAAUGCCGUCGGCGACUUCCGCAUCCGCUUCGCCCACGGCGGCUCCGGAAUAAUUCUAUCCCAGGGCGCCAUGUCCUCUCUCAUUCUCGACAAUCCGCAGGCCGUGCGCACCGCCCACCUUGAAUCACUGUCGGAAACAUGGGGUGACCGUUUACUCGCCAGAACAUUAAUAAAAGCUGGAGUUUAUUUGGAAGAAGAAUACAGCCAUCUGUUCAGUGGAGAGGCGCCGCGGUGGGCCAAGAUUCGCCCAGACCGGUUCUGCUGUCCUAUCAUUACGUUUCAUGGGCUGGGCCAGCCGGAAAAGAUGCACCAGGCGGGCGAGAGCUUCAGAAAUGUGAGCAAGCCGCUACUGUGGAGCGACAUCUGGGAUGUGUAUGGGAUGUCGAGGCCUUGGAGGCAGAGUACCUUGACGUCCGACGAGCUGGCAAAGCCGAUAGAGUAUGCCAACUGGGAUCAUGCGGGUGGAAGUGGUGGAGAGGUGGCGGUGGUUGAAGGAGUUGAGACGGCCGAGGAUUGUGGACGGAAGUGCUAUGAGAAGGGGAGCGACUGCAUGGCUUGGACAUGGGAAAAGGCGUCGAAAAGGUGUAAUCUCAGUCCCUGGAUGAUUGUCGGCGAGAAGGUGGAGGGCAAGGUCAGUGGACCCAAUGGGAAGCUGGCGAGAGAGUUGGAGAUGGCGUUACGGUUCGAUGGGAUCGAAUAUCAGCAGCACUACAAGGUCAACAUCAUAGACUCGGACGAAGAUAUCCUUGGCCACGCCUUUGAGAGUUGGGAAGAGGAGCAAACGACCGGGAAGGUUACUGCCAUCAUCUGA